CGCGCUCCUGGACAGGAAGACUUUCUUCCUCCCCCGCUCCCUGAGGCAACGAAGCAUGCGGUACCGCCUAGCGCAGCAGCGACACGAGCGAGAAUGAAGAAGCCCAGCAGCUUGGUACUACUAGUCGCUAUCAUUUUUGCAGCUGCUGGCCGGUCCGCGGCCGAGUUCACCAACUCCUUCGACGACAUCGCGAGAGGGUCGAACGUGACACUGACCUGGGGCGGCGUGCAGCCUCAACAAUAUCCGCUGUGCAUCGCGGCACAGUUGAUUGAAAGGGAAAAGGGCGGGGACGGGUUCAGCGCGAAUGCGUAUCGCGUGAAUAUCACGACUGGUGCCAGCGGCACAGCGCAUGUUUGGACCGGCGCCCCCUACCCGCUUCCGUGGGUGGCCGACGGGCUGUAUCAGCUGGAGCUGAGGCCGAUGGGCUGGACCGGCGGGGACGCCCCGGUGCUUGGCAGGUCUCCCUUCUUUACGAUACUAUCAUCGGACUCGGACGGCGGCGUGGUGGGGCCGGCUCCUUCGGCAUCUGCGCAAGCGACACCCGCGGAGUCCCGGGGCGGUGAUGAUGCAUCGCAUAUAAACAAGCCAGUGGCGAUUGGGCUAGGAGUGGCCAUUGGAGUGCCUUCCAUAGCGGCAUUGGUGGUCGUGGGCUGGUGUUUCCGAAGACGGCAGCGCAGGGCUGUCCUGGAGAAGACUCGCUUGAAAAGAGCUGAUUUUGUUAUCACCUGACGGAGACGGGGGCGGCUAUCGGAAAGUGAGAAAUAUAGAAGUGGAAAGCAGGAGAACUUUUCUGUGCCGUGCUGUGCCCUUGGUGCUACCCAGUGAUGGAAAGAAUUUCUCCCGUCGGACUGUGGGAUCAUGUCGAAUUUGCGGAACGCGAGAUUAUGUGAUGCAUUGACGUGGCGAUGCAGAGUCACCAAGCCGAGAAAAGGGCGGUAGGCAGCCAAAGGGGGAUUCGCUGGGAAGGACCUAUCCGGCGAGUCCUCCUCGAGUUGGACGAGUCCCAAAUAACACCUCCAAAUUCUUUAUCCACUCAUCCAUCACGUUAGCAUUUGCAUUGGAAAAAAGGGCAACUUCACCUGAUCGUCGUCCAGCAUUUUAGUUAUCAGAUUCCUGGGUUCUGGGACUA